AUGAAGUGGGCUGUGUAUUUGCUGAAAGCUACUCUUAUUACUAUAGCAGUCCUCAUCCUAGUUGGGCUAUAUAUAGCAAUCUCUAAAUCCAUUAUAAAAGAAAGGAAGAGUACGCCAACGAAGAGCGAUACAUGCUGUAGCUGCAAAAAAAAUAAAGACAUUGCACAAAGGCAGAAAAAAGGCGCAAGGGCCCCAUCCAGCAUGAAAGAAGAUAUAAAUUAUAGAAAGGAUCUUACUUCAACUUCUGCAAUAGUAAGUGCAAAAGAGAAGCCUGCAAAAGGAUCAAAUAUCUCAAAAAAAAGUAGUAAGUGUGCGAUACAUAGGCAUUCUUCUGCCAUGGGCUGA